CCUGAAAAAGGCCGACACUGCUUUGUCACGAUUGCGCGCUUAUACACUUGGAUGGCUUCUCGUCACGUCACUAACCUCCAUUUGAAAAGAGCUGUUGCUAGUGGAACAACACAACUUUGAACCAAGCAAACAAGCAUGGGCAAGAAAGCGAAAACUGGAAAAGGAAAGGAGCGUGCCCAGAGUCGCAAGUUAGACAAGGCGGAUCUACCUCCUCCACCAGCUCCCGUCCACGACGAACUUGGUUCUGCCAAGUUGUUGGACGAGCCCAAGGUCCCCGGUAGCGGCUACAAAGCUCUGGAUCGUGAGGGAUACGACGAUGGAGGUGUGGCUGACUUGACGUUAGUUAUUGACCUAGAGGACAGUGUCCUACGUCGCAAACGCGGUGAAAAUGCUUACUUUACCGCUCUCAAGUCUGACUUGCUGCCCCGCGUGACAACGGCGCAUUACGCAUCGAUGACCCGUCGUGACCAAAAGAUCAAGCUCGCUAAGCUACUUUUUUCGGAAGAAGAUGAGGAUGAGGAUGAUACUAAUCCGUCGGAGGUGUAUACGGAAGCCGUCUUUGAUGCGGACGACGAAGCAAGCAAAAAACGCCGCUUGGAACGUUUAAACUCGGCCAAGUUCGCCCUUCGGCUUAGUACAGUUCUCCGGGAACCUGCAUGCGCCAGUCUUAGUCUCUCCGAGAUCAGCAAGCGUUACCUUAGCUGCUAUGGAAAGGAAUACGCCGAGGCGGCACUUCGUUGCGCCGAUAAGGCUAUUGAAAUUGCGUCCGAUGGUUUCUAUGAUAUGGAUAACAUUGCGAUCGAGGCCAACGAGAACCCGACAAUGGAUCCUAAGUAUGAACAAAAUGCUACGUACCCUGGUCUCUCGCACCCCACCACUCUAAAGCUUCAGGCGCUCCGUGUUUCGCAGCUUUGUUUGCGAUCCGCCUACCUUCACCGCGGUAACGCUCUCGCGGCUUUGGAUCGCAAUGACGAAGCCCGGGAAAGUUACGAAAAGGUUCUCCCCAUGCUGGAAAACGAGCCUCGCUGUGGACGCCUAGAUUGGGAACGAAGUUCAAUUUUCGUCAAUAUCGGGAAUACAUUCAGUCGUCAGGGCAAUUACGCUAAGGCCAACGAACAGUACGAUAUUGCUGAAAAGCUUGGUAAGGAACACCUGGAGACGAAAGAGGGCAACCACGCCGAUGGUAUGGGCAUAAUGAUUGUCGGUAUGCGCGCUCGGUCAUUUGCACUGAAAAAGGCAGGUAAGGACGAUGAUGGCAAGAAGCAAAUGCGGGAGGUCCUUGAAUUGCAGAAGAAGCUUAAUGUCGAACUGGAGAAUCAAAAGGAAAAACAAAAAGCCGAGGCAGAAGCUGCUCAGGAAGCUGCACAAGCCAAACAGCAGAUGGCUGUCCAAUAAUCCUCUACAAAUAUAGUGCAUACUUGAAAAGU